AUGAUGACAUCUGAGGCUUUAUCACUGAUUUUUAACUGGGAUAGUGAUGUAGAGGAAGAGAUUUCAGAAACAGACGAUUUUUCAGAGACAGAGGACAAUGUUAUUACUGAUCCAGAUUGUCAAUUUUCCUACGAUGAGGAGGAUUCAGAGGACGAGUCUGCCGUUGUUCCUCCAACAGAUGAAAACCAAGGAAUGCAGCAAUCAUCAUCCACAGAGGGGACAUGGGCAUCUAAGGACGGUAAUAUAAAAUGGUCAACAUCACCACACCCAAGCCGAGGCAGACUAUCAUCUUCCAAUGUGAUAAAAAUGACUCCCGGUCCUACAAGAUUUGCUGUCUCACGAGUUGAUGAGAUUCAAUCAGCAUUUCAGCUCUUCAUAUCCCCACCAAUAGAGAGGAUUAUACUGGAAAUGACCAACUUGGAGGGGAGACGUGUGUUUCAAGAGAAAUGGAAGCCACUGGAUCAGACUGACUUGCAUGCUUACAUUGGAGUUCUGUUAUUAGUUGGAGUGUACAGGUCAAAGGGAGAAGCCACUGCAAGUCUAUGGAAUGAAGAGAAUGGAAGACCAAUCUUUCGUGCAACAAUGUCUCUGGAGACAUUCCACAUGAUGUCUUGUGUGAUCCGCUUUGACAACCGCGACACCAGAGCUGGUCGACGUGAAAGAGACAAACUAGCUGCGAUCAGAGAUGUGUGGGAUAAAUGGGUUGAAAAUGUACAUUUGUUGUACAAUCUUGGUCCCCAUGUUACUGUAGAUGAGCGCCUUGUUCCAUUCAGGGGGCGCUGUCCUUUCCGACAGUACAUGCCCAACAAGCCCGCCAAGUAUGGCAUCAAAAUAUGGGCAGCCUGUGAUGCAAAAUCCAGAUAUGCAUGGAAUAUGCAAGUAUACACUGGAAAGCUACCUGGAGGAACAUCUGAGAAGAAUCAGGGGAUGUGUGUGGUGCUGGAAAUGAGUGAAGGGCUGCAAGGUCAUAACAUCACAUGUGACAAUUUCUUUACAUCCUACCGCCUUGGAGAUGAACUUCAGAAGAGAAAGCUGACCAUGUUGGGAACAGUCAGAAGAAAUAAGCCAGAACUUCCCACCGAAAUUCUGAAGAUGCAGGGCAGACCUCUGCAUUCCUCAAUAUUUGCUUUCAAUGAGAAAGCAACAGUUGUUUCAUACUGCCCAAAGAGAAACAAGAAUGUUCUUGUAAUGAGUACAACGCACACAGAUGCAUCUCUGAGCACAAGAGAAGACAUGAAGCCACAAAUGAUCCUGGAUUAUAACUCCACCAAAGGAGGAGUUGACAAUCUGGACAAAGUCACAGCAACAUACAGCUGCCAGCGCAAGACAGCCGAUAGGACAGUAAAACAAGUACCUCUUGUGUGA